CUCUGCAACACCCACCGAGCCUCGGCUCUCAGAUGCUCUCUCUCUCUCUCUCUCUGUGUCACUUCGGCGCUUCCCCUUUAAACCUUGCCUAAUUUGCUUCAUUUCUUUCCUCAACUUUAUCUAAACCUCACACCUCUCACACCGUUCUCUCUUUCUCUCAUCUAGUCUAGCGGUGGCUUUGGUUCCCUGCCCUCAAAUGCUUAAGUCUUGACUACCAUCUUUGUCGGUGGAGGUGAUUUCUGAGGAGACACUGGGAGAAAGUUGUUCAUAACGAAUUGGAGAUAGUGGGAAAUUCUGUUUUAUCAUGUCUGAUUGCGUGGUUCGAUCAUAUCCGGAGAGUGAAGGAACAAAUGAGCAAACUUGUGAUUCUGUUUGGAUGGCUCAUUGGAUGUGCACAAGCUGCAAUUCAGAAACCAAGGCAUGUGGUCAUGUAUCAAUUCAUUAUGAGGAUGCCCGGAAACAGAAUGAUGGUGUUCAGAAGCAUCCGUUGUUUCGAGGAUUUGGAGAAGUAGCUGAACCUAAAAGACUGAGGAAAAACAAUGAGGGUGUCACUCUGACAGAGAGUUCAAAGAAAUUAAGGAAGGAGAGAUUGGAAGGCCAGUCCUUUCCAAUGUUCAAUGUUCCUCCGAAAACUAGUUUGGCUAAACAGAAUCAGCAAGAUUCGACUGUCAAUAGGAGAUUACUAAGUGAGAGUAACUCAUCUGCAAUGCUGGGAUGGGCGCCUGCUGAUGCGCGGCCUCUGGAAGCUAUCCCACCCCUAAAAGAACAACAGGUGAAAUAUCAUAAUUUUCUUGAGGACAGCAGCCCAGCUGUUUCCAAGUCUUUCCAGGAUGGACCGGUGAGCUUAGAUUCUAAACUUGCACUGCAUCAAUUUAAGUGUGGGAGCACUUCUAUGCCGUUCUUCAUUUGUAGAGACAAGGAAGUUAAUCAAUCUAACUCUCUUUUAGCACCUCAGCAUGUUGCAAACACUAAUAAUUACUCAAGUUCCACAUUUUUGAUUCAUGAGAAGAAUAUCAAUAGCAAGUUGGCGUCUAGAAAAUCAGGAGGUUCAUUUUCAAGGCAGAAUGAUGUGAUGCUGUUGCAACGUGAUCCCUCAACAUCCCGUAAGCAUGUCCAGGAAAUGCAAAGUAAGUCUGGAGUUGGAUUGUUUCCAAGCCAGAGUUCUUCCUCAGAGGUGACCAGACAUGAAAAACCAUAUCUUGGAUUUUAUUCAGCCCCAAUCCUGCAACAUGCUGAUCGUAACACAGAGACCAUGAGAAUAUGUGCUGCUGUUGAUGUUGAGAAAGAAUCUUCUAGAGGUUAUCCCAAGUGUUCUCAGACAACCACUUUUCCAAGAAAGACUGGUUUUAACUCGUCUGAAGGAGGUCACAUGUUUGGAGAGACAACCAUAUCAACAAAAUUGAAAGGAAAAGCUUUUUGUGAGCUCCUUGUUUCCCCAGAGCAUACUCUCCCUGUUCAGACUGGAUUGAGAUUGCUACCAUACAGGAGCUCUAUAGACAGUGAAGAGGAAGAUGUAAGAGAUGUUAAGCGUCCUGCAAAUAGUUUGGAUAAUGAAUCAUCAUCUGAAACUGAUACCAUGGACAUGGAUGCUUUCCAGUUCCAGGAUAACCUUCCUCUUGGUGUGGCUUCAUCCCCAACGAAUGAGCAUACUGAGGGGGGCCAGAAGUCACCAACAUCUAAAUCUGCCUUUACUUCAGCUAGAGAAGAGGUCAGAGGUAGACCUCCAUUCACCAAAUUACCUGAUAUGAACCAAGAGCUUCCAGUGCUUGCAGCUCUUUCAAGUUUAGUGGAUGAAAGAGAGACGAGCCCUUCAAGAACCCAAAGUUUGGACGUGGAACAUCUCCUUUCCCAUGCUGAGCCCACAAAUUCAAAAUCCAGUGCAAGUCCAGAUGGCCCUCAGGGAAUAGAGCCAAGCUGCAGGUGGGUUAAACGCCUCAAGUUGAGUGCUUCUCACUUUGCUUAUGGUACAAAAAGCACAAAAAUGGGAGAGGCUUCUUCCCAUGAAAAAGUUAACGCACUUUAUAAGAAAAAUAUGAAAUGCAGUGCAACUAAUUCACAGCCUGCUAUGGGCAGAUUUCAUAGUAGGGAACAGAUGUCAUUAGAUGAAACUCCAAUGUUAUUAAGGAAUGGUGAGUUGUCUUCCAGUGAUUCAGCAAGGACAAGUCAAAAUAUAUCACUCUCACAUCCUUGGAUUAGGAGGUGGUCCCACAAAGUAGUUGCACCCCACAAGAAUUCUGAAUCUGCGGCGGUUUCUCGACCUCAAAGUUCGAAGGCAACAUUAGAUCAAUUUCAGAAAAAAAGGUUUCCAAGCAUUGCUGCUAUGGCACUCAUGGGGAAGGCCAUGAAUGGUUGCAAUCCAUGUGAGUUUGCGAAAAAGGGGUCUUUUGUGGUUUGGAAUGCGAAGGGAUUUUAAAUGUUGAAGUUGUGGUGCUUUGGAAAUAAGUGUAAGGUACAUCCACAAACAUGGGAUGAUCAUAAUUAAAGUGAUGGCUGAUAUGGGGUUGACGAGGCUCUGGGCAUCUACAAGAAUCAAUCGGUUGAAGUGGACAGUGGAAUCACUGGCCACCCACAAGGGAGAUGGUGUGGAGUUGUUUAAGACCAUGAUGUAGGGGAUGUACAGAUAGGGAAGAGUUGAGGAUGAAUGACUCGCAGAAUCACUUCCAUCUCAUUUUCUCUUGAUAUGGUGGACUUGAUACACCAUAGAAUCUAUGCUAACGAGGAGAAACUGUUGCUGCUGACUGCUUCCAGAGUUCAGUAUCAUAGAUGUGAGCAAUUUAACCAGUUCUUGUGCAUUCUCAGUUUGCUUUACUUUUAUAAUAAAUGCAAAGUUUAGUUUGCUUUAUUUUAUAAUGCAUGAAAGUUUACUUUUAUAAUACUGUUGCUUUAUUUUGGUAUCGUUGUUUUUCCCAAAGUUUAGUUUGACACUUGGUUUGUUUCUGUAAUACAUGCAACGAAUUGGGAGAUGUUCAUUUGAGGUAUCUAAUAAAUCUAUCCCAUUGCACGCUCCA